AUGACGAUGCUAUCAGCAAAACAUGGAUUCGCUCUAGUGACGCCUGCAUCCCGAGGGUUGGGUUUCGCUUUUGCCCAGCAACUCCUAGCACAGACCCAGCUCCCAGUCGUGGCAACAGCGCGCAAAAACUGUGCAGAGGUUCGAGAACAAUUACUCUCUAGCGAGGGAUUGCCUCAAAAUGCAGAGCAAAGGCUUCGUGUGCUGAAGGUCGACGUGACAGACGAAACGACGAUAUCAUCAAUGACAGAUACUAUCCGACAGGAGUAUCCCAAGACGCCCUUGCGCAUAGCAUUGACGGUGCCGGGGAUUCUGCAUGUAGAGAAAUCACCUACGCAGAUCGAUGCCGAGAGCGCAUUGCACAGCUUCCAAGUUAAUGCUGUUGGUCCGUUAUUGUUGAUGAAGCACCUUGCCCCAUUUCUUCCGACAAAAUCUUCUUCUGCUUUUCCUGCAGACGAUGAUGGAGAUAUUGGAGGUGAACUGCAGCUACCUGCACAUGCAAUCUAUGCUAUGAUGGCAGCCCGUGUGGGCUCAACCUCCGAUAACAAUUCUGGUGGCUGGUACUCAUACCGGGCGAGUAAAGCAUCUGUGUACCAAAUUGCCAAAACAUUUGAUCUAUAUCUCCGUGGACGGUGUGGGAAUAAAGCGUUGGCUGUGGCUUUACAUCCUGGUACCGUGCGCACGGAGUUCACUAAAGACUUCUGGGAUGGUCGUGAGAUGCUGGAGCCUUUGGAUUCUGCGGAUCGGCUAUUGAAAGUCCUGACGAGAUUAUCUCCUGGUCCUGAAGAUGGAAGAGGGAGGUGUUGGGAUUGGAAGGGUGAAGAGAUAUUGCCAUAA